GAUCACAACUCAGCUGUCUUCGCCUCGCCCGGUUGCCAGAGAUCACACAGCGGCUUAACUGUCUUUCUCGGACGUUGCUAUUGAUAACUUCAUUGCUCUUUUUUGUUUCUCCUUUACCUGGGUCAUCAUGGCUUCUCGACUGCCCUUUCACCGUCUGCCUCGGAGCACUCAGGCCUUCCGCGCUGUUUCUUUCGGUCGGCCCAGAAGCUUCGCCUCGAAUGCGCUCCAAAGAAAUGCUAAAGUAGCCGUUCGGCUGAAUCCAGCUUUGCAACGGUUUACGGGUUCGGGCUUCACCAACCUUACCGCUACUCCCUUCGGAGCCCACCAAAUUAGAACCUAUGCGGACACUGUUGUCAAGGUUCCACAGAUGGCCGAGUCUAUUACCGAAGGCACCCUAAAGCAAUUUUCGAAACAGGUCGGGGAUUACGUUGAACGAGAUGAGGAGAUUGCGACAAUUGAAACUGACAAGAUUGAUGUCUCUGUUAAUGCCCCAGAGUCUGGCACGAUCAAGGAGUUCCUGGUGAGCGAGGAGGACACCGUUACGGUUGGUCAGGACCUUGUUAGACUGGAGCUCGGAGGGGCCCCGGAAGCAAAGACGGAGGAGGAGGCAUCCCAAAAGUCUGCAGAACCAGCUAGUCCCGAGCAACCCACGGCUUCGGAGCCAGAGCAAGCAAAGACGUCUGAGGCACCAAAAGCGCCCACUCCCGAGAAGCCUGCCGCCAAGGCAAAUGAACCCAAGAAGUCGCAGCCCGCGGCACCUAAGUCGCAGGCCCCUGAGGAUAGCAAACCGAGCAUUGGGGGCCGUGAAGAGAGGAGGGUGAAGAUGAACAGAAUGAGAUUGAGAAUCGCUGAGCGCUUGAAGCAGUCUCAGAACACGGCAGCCUCCCUCACCACUUUUAACGAGGUGGACAUGUCGUCACUCAUGGAGUUCAGGAAGCUCUACAAGGACGAUGUGCUGAAGAAGACGGGUGUCAAGCUGGGAUUCAUGAGCGCUUUCUCUCGUGCAUGCGUCCUAGCUAUGAAAGAUGUCCCUGCAGUUAAUGCAUCCAUUGAGGGGCCGAAUGGCGGUGACACCAUUGUCUAUCGAGACUAUGUUGAUAUCAGUGUAGCCGUCGCCACUGAAAAGGGCCUUGUGACACCGGUGGUCCGCAACGCGGAGACUAUGGACCUUGUCGGUAUUGAGAAGUCCAUUGCAGAUCUCGGCAAGAAGGCCCGUGACAACAAGUUGACGAUCGAGGACAUGGCCGGAGGUUCUUUCACCAUCAGCAAUGGUGGUGUGUUCGGCUCUCUCAUGGGCACGCCGAUCAUUAACCUUCCACAGACGGCCGUUCUUGGACUUCAUGCCAUCAAGGACAAGCCUGUUGCCGUCAACGGUAAAGUCGAAAUUCGCCCUAUGAUGUAUCUUGCUUUGACUUACGAUCACCGGCUUCUGGAUGGCCGGGAGGCUGUCACUUUUCUUGUCAAGGUCAAGGAAUACAUUGAAGAUCCCCGUCGCAUGCUACUGGGCUAGGCUAUUUGCCACAACUUGUUUGCCGACUGGCAGCGGAGGCCCAAGGAACACUGCCAUCUCCGCGCGUUCCUGAUAUCCUGGCGUGUAGAGUAUUGUUUUGCAUGGGUCUGUUUUAGAAAUCAUUCAUCGACAUUGGUUACUGUUCAAUCCAUGUAGAGAGGCCCAUCAUUGCAGCUAGUCUUGUGAUUUGUCUUGCCAAUCUCCGACUAUAAACUGUGCAAUGACCGGUUAUGGGCUUUCAAAGUCCUAUUCUUUCUUUCAACUGCCUGGUCUCUUCGCGGGUAAGCCCACCCAGUUUCCC